AACAAACUUUCCCUCCCCCCUCUCUUUCACUCUCACACAGACAGAAUUACACACACAGUUAAACACACACACAUAUAAAUAAGCGAAACAGCUUCAAUUCUUGAAGACCCAAAUCCAAGAAGCAGAAAAAAUGACCAAUUCGAAGCAAAUCUUGGAGAGCUUCAAGAAGAGAAAAAGGAUGCCAAAGCUCUAUGAUUUCCACACAUUUGCAGACCCGGGUUGCCCCAUUACUCUCACGGGUCCUUUUCGAGAUAAUAUUCGACAUUUUCUGCAGCAAUGUGCUCAACUUGAAGACUACAGCAUUGAUGGGAUGCCAAUUUGGUGCACUUUUCUUCUUCACGAAAGCAAAGGCCUUGUGAUUCCUCUCUACACCAUUGAAGAAACUGCCAAGAACUCGUUUCAGCCCUACUGUGAUCAAUGUCGAUGCACUGGUUGGAGUCACCAUUUCGUGACAAAAAGAAAGUAUCACAUGAUUAUCCCAGUUGAUGAUGAAUGGACUAAGCCACUGAAUGAUGGCGUUUUUCAUAUGCACACUCAUCUUUUGCAUGGGUUGAUUCAUUGCAAUGGUUUCGGCCAUCUUCUUUGUAUCAAUGGGAUGGAAGGUGGAUCUAAGUUCUUGUAUGGUAAAGAGAUAAUGGAUCUUUGGGACAGAAUAUGCACCAAUCUUCACACUCGUAAAAUUACAGUGGAGGAUGUGUCUGUGAAAAGGGGGAUGGAUCUUCGGUUGCUUCAUGGUAUCGCAUACGGAAGGCCAUGGUUUGGCAGAUGGGGAUAUAAAUUUUGCCAAGGGAGUUUUGGAGUAACAAGUGAAAAGUAUGAGAGGGCUAUUGAGCUUCUUAGUUCUCUUGGACUUGAUCAAAUCAUUCAAGACUUUUGUUCUUCAAAACUCUAUAGUGAUGUCAAGAGGAUCAUCUGCUAUUACAGGGACAUGAGUGAAUCUGAACUGAUCACAAUCAGGGAUCUAUUUCACUUCAUGCUUUCUCUCAAGUCCCGAGGUUUGCCUGCGAGAAGAUCCCCCUCUAAUGCUGUCCUAUCAGUUUGUUCAAGAUCCUCAGCAAGAAAAAAUGUGCAGAAUAAGAAUGUCAGCAAAAGGAAAAAUGGAAGGUGCAAGAAAUUCACUACACUGGCUUCCAAUUUAGACAGUAGGUGGCCAAUGAAAAGAAUGCAGUAUGUUGCUGAAGUUGUUGUUAAUGCACUUAAAGAAAAGAAAGCAGCAAAUGGUGGAUAUAAUUGUGGAAUGAGCAGGCAAGAAGUCCGGGACGCUGCUCGUAUGCGAAUUGGAGAUACUGGCUUGAUCGAUUACAUGUUAAAAUCAAUGAACAAUGUCAUUGUUGGUGGGUACGUCGUAUGUCGAGAUGUGAACCCACAAACUCGGGUGCUGGAAUACACUAUUGAAGAGGCUUGUGAGAAUGGAGCUGCUGUUCAGGUUGAUCCAGAAUCGGAUUUGGUUGUGCUUUCACAGGAUCAGCCACAGGCUAUAAUGCCUGGCAUUGACGUUUAUUCAGAUAUUGCAUACUUGUACAACAAUGUGCUUUUGGAAUAUCAGAACUCAGAAUGGGUUGAGUUGGCGGUUGAAAGAGUCAUUGAUAGUAAACAGUUUGUCAAAGAGUGGCUUUUCAUAGACGAGCCUGAUCAGCUACUGAGGUUUGUUUGUAGGGUGAUUCCUAGUUUGAGUGAUUUGGAAACUGAAUUUACAAGGGGAUAUCCACCGGGAGAGCACAUUGCAGUUCCUUUGCACUUAACAGUUGGCGAGUUAAAAGAAGUGAUCCAGCAUGCAAUGAGGGAUACUUAUUAUAUCAUGGAGAGUAUUUUGGUAACUGAAGUUAGGGGACUGGAGGGAGUGGAUGAUGGAGAAGUGUUAUUUGGCAUAGUUGAAUCAGGGUCUGAACUAUGCUUUAGGGCUGUAGGAAUGGAUUUUGGUUCUGAAUUGAAGUAUGAAGGCGGGGCAGAUAAUUGGACUGUUAAAUGCAAAUGUGGAACAAGGGAUGAUGAUGGGGAGAGGAUGGUGGCUUGUGAUCUUUGUGAGGUCUGGCAGCACACUCGCUGCAUUGGCAUUGACGAUUUUGAUACCAUGCCGCCAUUCUUUGUGUGUGACAGCUGUUGUGCUGCCCUUGCUCCUCCAAGAACCAUCCAGCCGAGCUUUGAAUAUGACUUCAACUCUCUUGGGACUUGUCUUAACUACUGAAAGGUGGUUGUGGAGUGCUGACUAAAGAAUGAUUGCAGCUGUCUGAUCAUUUACUGUACAUGUUAACUGUCGUAGACAACAUGACAGUCUGCUGUUUUUGUUCGCUGGUAGGAAUCAGAGAUAGAAUUCUUUUGACUGUGUGUUGUACAUGAUCAUGUAACCAUUCAGUUCAUAAUAUAGAUGUAAUUACUGGA